UAUGUUUAAAUAACAUCACAAAUUAUAUUAUAAACCAUAUUAAAAAAACCUAAAUAAAAUAUAAAAAAAUUAAAUCAAUUAUUAAAAAAAAAACAACAAAUAAAAAAACAACAUGUUGUUGCAAUUAAUGAAACGUCUUAAAAUAUUUAUAUGGCUGUUGUUGACAUUUAAUUUAACUUUACUCUAUUCAACAAUUCUAUCAACUGUCACCUCAAUAACACCAACUUUAGCAGCAGCCGACAACACAGUAACAAUUUCCUCAACAGCCGCUUUAGCAACAGCAACAACAACCUUUAAAACUUCUUCAGCUUCUACAUCAUCACACACUACAAUCUCCUCUUCAUCUUUAGCUGCAAAUCACAACAGACGUUUACAUUUACACUUGGAACAUCAUCAAUAUACACAACAACAAUAUCCUGCCUCAUAUCAAAAUUAUCCCUUAACACCACACAUUGCAACUGAAUUUAUGGAUGAAUUUCAUAGUCCAAAUCAAGCGGUGUCAAUGGAUCAACAGCAGCAACCAAUCGAAUUUACUUCACACAAAAUGAAGAACCCCUAUUCCAUAACGAACCGAGGCAGCAGUAAGAGCGCUACGACAAGCAACAACCAAAGGGACAACAACGAGCACAAUAACAAUAUCAUCGACAUAAAUUACAAUUCAUUGAAUAGCCACCACAAUAGACUGCAUACGCUAAAAGAUGCAACAAAGCUACAGCAUCCAGACAUGUCGGACGAAGAGGGGUCAUCAAAUGAAAAACCAUUUCCAAAAGUUCCUCAACCAUAUUUUGAUUUGUCCAUGCCGCGUAAUAUUACAGCACGCGCUGGACAAAUAGCAGCCAUAAAUUGUCGUGUGGAAAACUUGGGUGAUAAAUCAGUAUCCUGGAUACGCAAAAGAGAUUUACACAUUUUGACAGCCGGUAUAUUGACAUAUACAUCUGAUGAAAGAUUUAAGGUCACACGCACUUUGGAUAGGAAACAAUGGUCAUUGCAUAUAAAAUAUGCACAGCCACGUGAUAGUGGCAUUUAUGAGUGUCAAGUUAAUACGGAACCCAAGAUGUCAAUGGCUUUCCGUUUAAAUGUUAUUGUGACACCACCAGAUGCCAAAGCAUCAAUUUCCGGUCCAGCGGAUUUGUAUGUGAAAAUCGGCAGUGCCAUAACGUUAACAUGCCAUAUAAAGCAACCUUCCUCAGCUCAUGAUAUUGGACCAAUACAUUGGUAUCGUGGACCAUACAUACUGACACCAUUUGUGGUACAUCCCAAUGAGGCAGCCAUCGAUAUGCAACGCAUUUCAAUGGAAUCGAAAUUGGGAGAUAAAUUGCAAAGCAGACUACGCAUAUCAAAUGCCCAACUAGCCGAUUCGGGGAAUUAUACCUGCAUGCCAACCACUGCUGAGGCAGCCAGUGUAGUGGUUAAUGUUUUAAAUGAUGAAAGUCCAGCCGCCAUGCAAAAAAGUUCAGCAAGAGGAUUAUUACAACAAAAACAACAACAUCCAUAUUUGAAUAUAUUAACAAUAAAAUUAAUAAUUUUAACAUUAAUAUUUAUAUUAAUACAGAAGAAUUUACAAUUAUGGCAAAUUAAAAGUUAUUAUCAUCAUCAACAGCAUCAACAGCAACAUCAGCAACAUCAGCAACAUCAUCAACAGCCACAAUAUAUACAUUUGUAUGCUGGCAACACAACUUCAUCGUUAUCAUCAACAUCAUCAUUACCUUCUUCAUUUUGUUUAUCAUUAUCUUCAUGAUAGUAUUAAAUUAAAUUAAAUUUUGUUAAAUAUUUAUUUUGUGUUUUUCAGUUUGUUUUAAUUUAGUUUUUAAGUUUUAAGAAUUAAAACUAGUAAAUUAUUGUACAAAAUAGUAGUUGAA